GCACUGUUUCAAAAACAUUUUAUUUUACAUUUUGAAGAAGUAUAUCAUUUUGUGUACUUUUAAUUCUGUUUAAUUGUCGAAUUGUUUAUGUAACCCUUUUCUUUUCUUUUUUUUUUUCCCCCUUUUUUCUUGCCAACUGGCUUGCCAAGCAUAACGCGAAUGGAUUAAUUUUUUAUUUUCAAGUAAAAUACCCCUUUUGUUUAAAUUUCCGUCAAUUUUUACUUGUGCGAGGGCUUUCCGGCAUGUAUUAACAUCCAUGUGUGCAUAGUCUUACAUGUGGCACAUGGCAGUCAAGUCAAUAGUACAUAUAAUGAGAUAAUAAAAAAAUACAGGAAGCUUUCGCGUCCGCAUGAUAGCAAUGAACAGUUUUUUCACUUUUCUAACUCCAUAAGAACACAAAAGGGUUCCUUUUUAAAAAUAUAAUUUCUUCCCUGUGAAAAUUGCAAAAUGACUUUAAAAAAUAAUUACGCGGGGUUCUGCUUCCACAAAAAUAAAAUAAGCAAAAUUGACAGAAUCGAUGGAGACAUAAGCGCUGAGCAGUUUUACCUGGAAUACAUCUUAAAAAGAAAACCGUGUCUACUGAACAGUGAAUGCGUAAUCAAAAACAGGUGUAACAUCGACAUAAAAUAUUUGAGGGAAAAUAUAGAAAAUGUCCCUGUCGAAUUAGAACAAAAGAUUUCAAAUUCGUUCGGGAUAGGCGAGAAAAAAAAAAUGAAAUUUCAUGACUUCUUGUCAUUAUUAGAGGAAGGAAAUACGGAUUAUUACUUAAAUACACAGUAUAUAAAAGAGAAUGCAUAUUUCCCCUCUGACUUUUGUAACGCGUUGACUCGGCAGAUGAUAAAUUUUCUGCCAAAGAAACUGGAAAUAAUGGGCAACUUGGAAAUUUACCAGUACAAUGUGUGGCUAGGAAACAACGCAGAUGAAGAUUUAAAAACGUUUCUACACCAUGAUUACCACGACAACAUAUAUGUACUACUAAAAGGCAGGAAAGUGUUUAGGAUAUAUAGCCCCGAUUUUGCUCCUCAUUUGAAAACGAACGGAAAUAUUUACCGUGUUCAUACCAAUGGCCUAAUUACCUACUCCCCAUUUAUAAGAAGUGACGGAUCGAACUUCUUAGAUGUGUACAAAAAAAAAAUGGAUAAGGUGUACCUCCACAUUAGCGCAAUGACUGACCAUUUAAACGAAAAAGACAAAAUGCUGGAAGAUAAAAUUAUAGAAAAUUCUAUAAAUAAGGCAGAGCAAAAAUUAAAUAAAUUAGAAGACAAUAUCCUAAAUUACAAGUUGCGCAAGCACAAAUUUAAACCUAAGCCAAAUACGAGAGAUGAUAUUCCAAGCCAUUUCUGCCUUCUUAACACAGUUGCGAGGAAUUAUGAAGAUGACAUUUUCAGCGAUAACACAGACGUAGGAAAAAAGUACAUCGACGUCCACGUGAACGAGGGUGACAUAUUGUACUUGCCCUGUGGGUGGUUCCACGAAGUGAAGUCCUUCUCAAGUGAAAAAUUCCACCUAGCGUUUAAUUAUUGGUAUUACCCCCCUUAUAUAAAAAUGGUUAAUUCGACGGAAAUGCAAAACAGGUUUUGCCACCCUUACAUAGACAAACACUUAAGUGAACGGAAUAAAAAUUUGUAUAAGAAGAUUGGCCUUGUUAAUGAAGAAAACUUUUCCGACAUAGCAGAAAUCGUGGAAUACUAUAACAAUUUGAAUAUAAAGCCAAGCAAAAAUAUGAAGAAGGCAAAACGGAAAACCGUCAGAAGAUUCUUACACAGAAGAAGGUUUAGGGUACAUAAGUAG